AGACGGUGAUGGAGGCUCCAGAUAUUUGUUCGGUUAAGACGGCUCUUGGAAAAAUCGGAUUUUAAUGAACCGAGAUGGAUUUCAGAUGAUAACCGGUUAGUUUCGGUUCGAGAUUUCUUGUUUUAAAAUGAAGAGCGAGCGUGAAGGAUCUUUUACUUCAUCGCUGCUCCGAAGAAAAAACUCCACCAUUGCCACUAACCACGAACUCUCUUUGUCUCUCAAAUGGAGGUUCCAAAGGAUCAGAUCGCGAAUCUUAUAGAGCAUGGGCUCUACGAUUCUGCUGAAAUGCUUGGCUGCUUUCUCGUUUCUUCUUCUACUGUUAGCGCCGAAACUAGUCCUCAGCUCAAGGCGGAGAAUUUGAUUCUACUGGGCGAUGCUUUAUUUCAUCAGAGAGAACACCGGAGAGCUAUUCAUACGUACAAGCAAGCGUUGCAUCAUUACACAAGGAUUCCGAAGCAAAGCUCCGGUAUUUCGAGGAGUUCAUUAUCUUUAUCUACAAGAUCAUCUGUGAAUGCCUCUAGCAUUUCUGCUAUUAAUGAGAACGAGGUGAGAUUCAAGAUUGCUUCAUCUCACUUUGCUCUUAAUGAAACAAAAGCUGCGAUUGCUGAGGUAUGA